AUGGACGACCAGUUUUCAUUUGGGCCAUCCGUGGAGGAUGAGGCUGCAAUUGAGAGUCAAAAUGUGGUCAGCAAUACAAAUGACGAGCCCAAGUAUACCCGGAGACGUCAGAGCGUGAAUGAUGACACCGAGUAUAUCCGGAGACGUCAGAGCGUGGAUGAUGACCCCGAGUAUAUCCGGAGACGUAAGGUCGUGGGUGAUGACCCCAAGUAUACCCGGAGACGUCAGAGCGUGUGUGAUGACCCCAAGUAUUCCCGGAGACGUCAGAUCGUGGAUGAUGACCCCGAGUAUAUCUGGAGACGUAAGGUCGUGGGUGAUGAUCCUCAGUAUAUCCGGAGACGUCAGAGCGUGUGUGAUGACCCCGAGUAUACCCGGAGACGUCAGAGCGUGGAUGAUGACACCGAGUAUAUCCGGAGACGUCAGAGCGUGGAUGAUGACCCCGAGUAUAUCCGGAGAUGUAAGGUCGUGGGUGAUGAUCACGAGUAUACCCGGAGACGUCAGAUCGUGGGUGAUGACCCCGAGUAUACCCGAGAGUAUACCCGGAGACAUCAGAGCGUGGGUGAUGACCCCGAGUAUACCCGGAGACGCCAGAGCGUGUGUGAUGACCCCGAAUGUACCCGGAGACGUCAGAGCGUGGAUGAUGACCCCGAGUAUACCCGAAGACAUCAGAGCGUGGGUGAUGACCCCGAGUGUACCCAGAGACGUCAGGGCGAGGGUGAUGAUCCUCAGUAUACCCGGAGACGUCAGGUCGUGGGUGAUGACCCCCAGUAUACCUAG